UACAAAUACAACUCCCAUUCUCAUCCUUCUAACCAUCAAUCAUUCUUCUCUCAAAAAUUUCAUCAAUUCAAACUCAAGAUUGUUGGAUGCUUGCUUGUAGUGUUUCUUCAUCAUUGUUUAAGAGUGAUAUUUACAACCAUAAACAAAAUUUCGUAAGAUGUCAGGUGGUACUACUUGUGUAAAGCAAGUGUCACUAAGUGAACAACCCUUUCAAGGAUUUGUAUGUGAAACUACUACUAAUAGUAGUGCUACUGCUAAUUCAUUGAGAAGGACACUUUCAGCUGUUGAUAUGUCUUUUAAAAUCGCUGAUGAUCAAGAUGUUGAACGAAAGAAUGGUUUUUCUCAACAACAGCAACAACAACCUGGAGGACAGCUUGAUAUUUGGAGUUCCAUUCUAAUUCAAAAACCAUCAUCUCUUCCAUCUCCUUAUGUUCAUCCUCUUGUCAAAUCCAAGAGUUGUUUAAGUAUUAAAAGUCUUGAGAUUUGUACUGAAAACUUAGGCUCUGAAUCUGGGUCUGAUGGUUACCCUCAUUCAGACAGUAGUCUUUACGAUACUGAAGAAGAAGAAAUAGAAGCAAUUGAACAACCAGAUUUAGUAGAACAGAAGAAGGAAGUGGUAAUAAUGAAAUACAGUAAUAAAUCAUUACUGCCACCGUCAUCAGUUCGUAGAUCUUUCCCACCCCCUCUGAAGUCACUCUCUAAACCAGCAGGAGAAGGUAUUCAAAUGAAAACUCUUCGUAAAGAUGGAAGAUUAAUUCUUGAAGCUGUCCCUGUUCCUACUUCUACAAACUGCUUCAAUGCUCAACGUCAAGACGGUCGUCUUGUUCUUAAAUUUGCUACACCUAUUCCAGAAUCCAAAUCAGAAUCAUUCGACGAUAAAGAAGAUAUUUUCGAAACCAGCAAUGAGGAAGUAGACCUCCAAUGUAGUCAUGACAUUGAGAUUGAAGAACAAGAAGAAGGAAACAAAGGGAUUGUGUUGGAAAUGACUCCAAAACUGCCAACUGGAGUGAUAAAUGUUCACAGAUCAGUAUUAAUGGUGAAUAACUUUACAGGUCUGACAAACAACAGGAAUAAUUGGUCAUCAUCAUCUAAUCUGAAAAACAAGUUGGAAAAAAUGACGAAUUCACCAUCAGUAGAACUACUUCCACAAUCACUUCCAAUAUCACCAGCAACAUUAGCUGCAGUUGGGGCACCACGAAUGUCGUCGUCCCGAUUAAUACCGGAACAACAAACUGCUGAGGCUGAUACAGCGGUAGAGCCUUCUUUCAACAGAUAUGAGUACGGUUGGCGGACGGAUACUACAUCCUCAGUGGUAUCAGCAAUUAGUAGAAUUCAUCUUCUACUUGACCAACAACCCGACAACAAAGAUACUUACCACAACAACAACAACAGUAACACUCUCGUAAGGAGUAAGAACAGUUACUACGUUAAGAAUAAUAAUGAUAGUUUAUUUGUCAAGGAUUCAACAACAACGAAAGGAGCAAAUUAUAAGGAGGAGAAGCAGAAUGGCCAUGGAGAAAAGGUUGUAGAUCAACAUUUGAUAGUUCCAGCGUACUGCAAACUGGAACCAAGGAGAUCUGUAGUAUUUUGGGAACCACCAUUUUGCAUAGCCACAUCUUAAUUCAUUAAAAUCAUUUUCAUAUAAUUUUUGUUCAAAUGCACAUGUAAUUAAAUACUAUAAACUCGAAUGACAAUCCGAUAAGAG